GCGGCGCCCGGAGCCGCCUCAGACCGCGCCGGCCGCGCUCCCGCUCCGCGCUCACACGGGCUCCGCUGCACCGGCGCUGGACAUGGGCUCCGCGGGUACCCGCCCCGCUCUGGCGGCCGCUCUCCUCUGCCUGGCCCGCCUGGCUCUGGGCUCGCCCUGCCCCGCCGUGUGCCAGUGCCCGGCGGCCGCGCCGCAGUGCGCCCCCGGCGUGGGGCUGGUGCCGGACGGCUGCGGCUGCUGCAAGGUCUGCGCCAAGCAGCUGAACGAGGACUGCAGCCGAUCGCAGCCCUGCGACCACACCAAGGGGCUGGAGUGCAACUUCGGGGCCAGCCCCGCCGCCCUGAAGGGCAUCUGCAGAGCACAGUCCGAGGGAAGACCGUGUGAAUAUAACUCCAAAAUCUACCAGAACGGGGAGAGCUUCCAGCCGAACUGUAAACACCAGUGUACGUGCAUAGAUGGAGCUGUGGGCUGCAUCCCGCUCUGCCCGCAGGAGCUCUCUCUUCCCAACCUGGGCUGCCCCAGCCCCAGGCUGGUCAAAGUGCCCGGGCAGUGCUGCGAGGAGUGGGUCUGUGAUGAAAGCAAGGAUGCGCUGGAGGAGCUGGAAGGCUUCUUCAGCAAAGAGUUUGGUCCGGAUGAUUCUGAAGGCGAACUAACCAGGAACAACGAGCUAAUUGCCAUUGUGAAGGGAGGCCUGAAAAUGUUACCUGUUUUUGGAUCUGAGCCACAAAGCCGAGCUUUUGAGAAUCCCAAAUGCAUUGUGCAAACAACUUCUUGGUCCCAGUGCUCAAAGACAUGUGGAACUGGCAUCUCCACAAGGGUGACCAAUGACAAUGCUGACUGCAAGCUCAUCAAAGAGACCAGGAUAUGUGAAGUGAGGCCAUGUGGCCAGCCUAGCUAUGCCUCCCUAAAGAAGGGAAAAAAAUGUACCAAGACUAGGAAGUCCCCAUCCCCAGUGAAGUUUACUUACGCCGGAUGUUCCAGUGUGAAGAAGUACCGCCCCAAGUACUGUGGUUCCUGCGUGGAUGGCAGGUGCUGUACACCCCAGCAGACCAGGACUGUCAAGGUCAGGUUCCGCUGCGACGAUGGGGAAACCUUCACCAAGAGUGUCAUGAUGAUCCAGUCCUGCCGAUGCAACUACAACUGUCCACAUGCAAAUGAGGCUUAUCCCUUCUACAGACUAGUCAAUGACAUCCAUAAAUUUAGGGACUAAGUUGUGUGGGGGGUGGGAUGCAAAACAGAAUUUUGAAGUAACCAGCCAUGGAGAAAGGACCUCUGAUGGAAAUGGUGCCUUGCCCAUUUGAGGGCAACAUUGAGAUGUUACAGGAGUGCACUGUGCAACUGGACACUAAUGCAACAGAGAUUUAAGCAUACUUAAAGCUUCAUAGUACUGGAGCAAUUUUACUGCUUCUUUUUGGAGCACCUUAUCUAAUUAUAUACUGUUUUCUGUUUGUAAGUGAUCAGAUAAAUGUUUCGUUCCGGUUAUGAAAACUUUACUAUUCUGUUCAAUUUAACACUAUGCUUCUCUCCAUCCCUCCAAUCUUCUCCCAUCCUUUCCCAACCAAGUUGGAAGUUACAUUCCUUCCUGAGGUGGGCACUUGUGGUGUGUUCACAAUGGCAGCUAUUAUGUACCAACUGUAGUUUAAUGGCAAACAGAAAUCAGUUGUUUUAAAGCUGAGUAUUUUAUUUAUCAACCUGUAGCUUUUGUUUUGUUUUUAUUUUUUUCUUUUUUUUUUUUACCCCUUCCAGCCCCUGUAAUACUGGAAUAAGUUGUAAAUGAUUUUAAUUUUAUAUUCAAUGAAUUAAAAGAAUUUAUUUAUGGAAUUAAUCAUUUAAUAAAGAAAUAUUUACCUAA